AUGAAACCAUUCCAAUUGCAGUCACCUAAAGAGCUAACUGUCAGUAGUUCUGAGGAGUGCAUUGUUGAUAAUGAAAUCACCAAGUUAAUGAAAGCGGUAAUUGAGCCUACUAACCCAGGAUCAGGGGAGUUUAUUUCUACCAUUUUUAUUCGCCCGAAAAAAGAUGGGACCUUUAGAGUAAUUUUGAAUUUGAAAAGGUUAAAUGAAUUUGUUGAAUACCAUCACUUUAAAAUGGACACUAUUUAUACUGCAAUACAUUUGAUGAAACAGGGCUGCUUCAUGGCCUCUAUUGAUUUGCAGGAUGCAUACUAUACUGUACCAGUAUGCCCUAAUGACAGGAAGUAUCUAAAAUUCUCUUGGCAAGGACAAUUGUAUCAUUAUACAUGCCUGCCAAAUGGUCUGGCCUCAGCCCCACGUAUUUGUACAAAAAUCUUGAAGCCAGUCUAUGCAUUACUGCAGAAUAAGGGGCACAUCUCCUUCGGGUAUAUUGAUGACUCGUACUCGCAGCAUGACAACUUUGACGGUUGUAAGACAAAUGUCCAUGACACAACCACAAUGUUUGAUUCAUUGGGGUUUAUUCCCCAUCAGACCAAGUCAGUACAACAACAGGACAUGACGGUCUCUUUAACCUCUGAAAGAGCCACAAAGCUUCAAACUGCUUGCAUAAAUUGGUUAGCAAAGAGGAGACCUUUAAUUCAGGAGGGUGCACAUGUUAUUGGCCUUAUGGUGGCUAGUUUCCCCGCCGUGACCUUUGCACAACUAUUCUACUGGGCUUUAGAAAGGGAUAAAACCCAAGCUCUUAAACUGCAUAAAGGUAAUUAUGCAGCAAAUAUGACCCUAUCACAAGAUGCUCUUGCUAAUUUACAGUGGUGGAUAUCCAACAUUGAGACAUCCUCCAAACCUGUUCUGGCCAGCCAGCCAGAUAUGGUAAUUCAUUCUGGGGUGCCUAUAGUGAUGGAAAGCAUGCAGGAGGUCCAUGGGGGAGAAACCGAAGCUAAGGCACACAUUAAUGUGUUAGAAACAAUUGCAGCCUUUUUAGCAUUGCAGUCUUUCUUGUUCUUGACAAUACUACAGCUGUAG